AUGAGUAAUAAUAGUAAUAGUAAUAGUAAUAGUAGUAGUAGUAAUAACAAUAGAUAUAAAUAUAAAUAUAAAGUAGUAAAAUUAAUGUAUAAGAUGAUGAUGAUGUUAGGCAAUGAUGACCCCGAAGUGGUCAACAAAGAUAAAUCAAGUACAGAUAACAUUCCAAAGCUUAUUGAAGUAAGCCAGAAACCAAGAAUAUAUAGAAUACCAAAGUUUUUGACUGAUGAGGAAUGUGAACACUUGAUUGAAACCUCUAAAAAUAAACUUAAACCAUGUAAUGAAAUUUCAUCAGGUGUACAUAGAAGUGGAUGGGGAUUGUUUAUGAAGGAAGGUGAAGAAGAUCAUCCAGUCACUCAAAAUAUAUUUAAUAGAAUGAAAACAUUUGUAAAUUUAACAGAAAGUAGUGAAGUUAUGCAAGUUAUUAGAUAUAAUCCAGGUGAAGAAACAUCAGCUCAUUUCGAUUAUUUCAAUCCACUCACUACGAAUGGAGCGAUGAAGAUUGGACUGUAUGGUCAGCGUAUAUGUACUAUACUUAUGUAUCUUGCAGAUGUAGAGGAGGGUGGUGAAACAUCAUUCCCAGAGGUAAACGUAAAAGUAAAACCUAUCAAGGGUGAUGCCGUCCUAUUUUAUAAUUGCAAACCGAAUGGUGAGGUCGAUCCAUUAUCAUUGCAUCAGGGUGAUCCUGUCAUCAAGGGAACCAAAUGGAUAGCUAUCAAACUAGUGAAUCAAAAGAAUACUGGAUCAAGCGCACCUUGA